UCCUUUACAAAACAGAUUUAAUAAAGUUUUCACUUCAAGCUAACAGGAAGUGACUUAUUUGAACAUGGCGUUCAGGGGGGUAUCGUAACAACAUUCUCUAUUUUGUGUUUAUUAAAAAAUAAAGACAAGUCUUUAUUAAUAUUUUCUGCUUUCCGGAGAGUUUGUUUGAAUGUCACAGUUGCAAUGAGUGAUGUUGUUGAAAAGACACUAACGGCCCUUCCGAGUUUUCUGUCGCUGGAUUCGCAGCCCGGUACAGGGAAACUUUCUGGCACUUCAAAAUUAGGAAAUCUUAUCCGGAACAUUGCAAAACUGACAUCUAAACAUGAUGAAGAAAAACUGAUAAAGAAGGAACUAGCUGCAAUUAAAGAACAUGUUUCUUCUCCUAACACGACACUGAGACAGAUGAAAGAAAUUAUGGUGAGAAUGAUCUAUUGUGAAAUGUUGGGAUAUGAAGCUUCCUUCGGCUAUAUACACGCUAUCAAACUUGCUCAGCAGGGGAGUCUCUUGGAAAAAAGAGUUGGCUAUCUGGCUGUUUCUUUGUUUUUAAAUGAAAGUCAUGAGCUACUACUUCUCCUUGUGAACACAGUAUUAAAGGAUUUGCAAAGUACCAACCUUAUUGAAGUUUGCAUGGCAUUAACUGUUGCCAGUCAGAUUUUUCCAAAAGACAUGAUCCCAGCAGUUCUCCCACUAGUAGAGGACAAGCUCCAGCAUUCAAAAGAAAUAAUCCGAAGGAAGGCAGUUCUUGCACUGUACAAGUUUUACAUGAUUGCCCCUAAUCAGGUCCAGCACAUACAUGACAAGUUUCGAAAAGCACUGUGCGAUAAGGACCCUGAUGUCAUGGCAGCUUCUUUGCACAUUUACGGACAAAUGAUCAAGGAAAACCCAGAAGGCUAUAAAGAUUUGACAGAAAGCUUUGUAACCAUUCUAAAACAGGUUGUAGGAGGAAAACUCCCUGUGGACUUCAAUUACCACAGUGUACCAGCACCAUGGUUACAGAUUCAACUGCUUAGAAUUCUGGCAUUACUAGGGAAUGACGAUCAAAGUACAAGUGAACUCAUGUAUGAUAUUUUGGAUGAAUCUGUAAGAAGAGCAGAAAUUAAUCACAACAUGACGUAUGCUAUUUUAUUUGAGUGUGUGAAGACUGUCUAUACAAUUUACCCCAAAUCAGAUUUACUGGAGAAAGCGGCAAAAUGUAUUGGGAAGUUUGUUUUGUCACCCAAAAUUAACCUUAAGUACCUAGGAUUAAAAGCACUGACCUAUGUAAUCCAGCAGGAUCCUAACCUAGCUCUUCAGCAUCAAAUGACAAUUAUUGAGUGCUUGGAUCAUUCUGACCCAAUUAUCAAGCGAGAGACUCUGGAGCUGCUGUAUCGAAUAACCAAUGGCCAGAAUGUAACGGUCAUUGUGGAAAAGAUGCUUGAUUUUCUAAGGCAAAGUAAAGACGAAUACACAACUAUUGACCUGGUUGGAAAAGUUGCUGAACUAGCUGAGAAAUAUGCCCCAGACAACGAGUGGUUCAUCCAGACCAUGAACACUGUGCUUUCAGUAGGAGGUGACGUGAUGCAACCAGAUAUCCCCAACAACUUCCUGAGGUUACUUGCAGAAGGGUUUGAAAAUGAAGCUGAAGACCAUCAGUUAAGGCUGCAUGCCGUGAACUCCUAUCUUUCACUUCUAGAGAAAGACAAUGUUCAUGUUCCCCAGCGUUUUCUACAGGUUAUAAGCUGGGUUCUAGGAGAGUAUUUUUUUCUUAAAGCAGAGACCAAGCCAGAAGUGGUGCUUGAUAAACUAGGAAGAUUGCUUGAUCAAAGCUCUGUCACUUCUGAAACUAAAGGCUGGAUCAUGGCUGCAAUCACAAAGCUUUCGUCUCAUACAGUGUGUCCAAACACAGUGGCUGAAGUAGCACAGAAAUACACUACAUCUCUGGAUACAGUUCUAAGACAACAUGCCUUUGAGCUGAAGCAUCUUAAUGACGACAGAGAUCUCAUCAGAAGAGUUUUACCCCUGGAUGCUAGUUGUGAAGAUAUAGAGGUGGACACUUCACUGUCUUUUUUGGAUGGGUUUGUGGCUGAUGCUUUGGGUCGCGGUGCUGCUCCUUAUAAACCUCACCAUCAAAGACAAGAGGAGCUCUCACAGGAGAAAGCCCUGAAUUAUGAGCCCUAUGGACUGUCCUUACCUGUCAGCCUGUCAUCUUGCAGCAUCACUGGGAGACAGUCUCCUACAGGCCUCUCCCUAAGCUCUGGACUGUCGGGGAACAGCACAGAAAUGGGGCCAAAAGGAGGAUCAAACAGCCUUAAACUUGAAGGUGUGAGGAAUGUGUGGGGUAAAGAGGGCUACCUGCCUCAGAAAGAAACCACAGCGGAAGGCACCCUGCAGGUCUUACCCGGUCAUGAGGGACCCAGCACCCAAGAGAGUUCUGUGGAGAAUGCAUCGCUGCAGCUGGACCUGGCCUCUCCAACCAUACCUGAGGAAGACCAGGAAAAGCAGCAGCUGGCAUCGUCACUCUUCGUAGGACUGGAAUCACACAACACCCUCUGCCUGAUGGGAAAAUCUGAAAACACUUCACAAAGGUUCAGAAGGAAAACAAACAAAACACAAGAAUCUUCAAAUGCCAGUGAGAAAUUCUCAGAUUCCUCUAUUUCUUCCCGGAGUACAGUAGAGCGCCUUAUGGAUAAUAACAUUUUGGAAAACACUAGCAGCGAGCAAGAAACAGAACUGACAACGCUAAAUCAGUCAUCAAGCCAAGCUUCUGAAUUUCAGGACUCCACAACACCUGAUGGUUUAUUGACUGGAGGAGAGCGGGAGAAGCAGGACACACCUUCAGAUCCAUCAGGACUGGCUCCUUCAUUGUUUACAGGUGGUGACAUGGUGAUCUUACAGCCCUCCUGUGCUGCUGCAGAGAACGAACAACCUCCAGUUACCAGGCCCCCUCCUUCUCUGCCAACAGAACUCUCGCAGCUGGCUCAUUCAGGAGUUCAAGGACUUUGUUCUAAUGAAAGUAUAGCUGUUUCAGCCUGUAAAAUUUACAAAGAUGACUCUGUAGUAUUAGUUGUUUUUAUAACAAAUCAAAGCACCUCAGCCAUUAAAGACAUUAUGGUUAGAUUUGCACCUACGGAACUGAAGGUUUCUGAAAGCACAGGCCACGGGUUUCCAUUGCUUGAAGGCCAAAAUACAGCAAACUGUCAGUGCUCUGUCUUGAUGGAGAAGCCGUGUGCACAAGGAGCACUUGUUGGCAGCAUCGCUUACCAGGCGGAACCUGAGAAAUCGUCAGAACUACAGUUUUCACUAGCCUUUGCAUUGGCAGAUUUUAUCAGGCCCCUGACAAUAUCCACAGAAGAGUAUGGCAAGCUUUGGCUGGCCUUUUCCAAUGAUGUGAAGCAGAAUCUCAAGUUAUUAUCAGAUGCAAAGGAUCCUCUUACUGCAACACUGAAUGCAUUGAAGGAAACAUUACAGCUUCAUAUUGUUGACAUUAUAGGCACGGAAGGUAUAGUAGCAUGUCAGCUGCUUCCAGCCAUCCCCUGCCUGCUGCAUUGCCGAAUUAAUACUGGAAUGUUGGCUGUGUGGCUCAGAUCCCCUUCACCUGACCUCCCUGACUGUUUACUGUAUCAGUGCCAAAAGGCCAUUCAGAAAUUGUGAUUGAAGUUCAGAAUGUGUCUUUUUGAGUGCAGUAUUUAUUAUGUAUUGUAUUAAAGUGUGUGUAUAUGUAUCUCAUAUCUAAGGUGACCAUAUGGCUCCCUGUUCAAGCGGGACAGUUCAGGCUUUUCAACUCACAACCUAAUGCAUUCUGCUGUAGUUUUGAAGUAGAAUUUCAUAUGUUUUCCUUUUUUUAAAGCAUUUUUUGUAUUUUUUUUUAAUAUACAUUCUAUAUCACUUACUGUACCUCAGGGAAAGCAGUGGGUAGAAUGGGAGUCUAGUUCAUAGUCAGAGAGAAGCAUUGGACUGUGGGGAUACCAAUGGGUCUUGUCUCUGUGUAUAUGGCUCCAGCUCCACUGCUCAAGUAGUAAGUGCUCCAUCUAUAGGGUGCAAUGUAACUUAAGCAGAUAGAAGCAAACCCCAGGACACACUUGUACAGUUAGACCCUGUAAUGAGUUGUAUUGACACCAAACCAAAAUCUCAUUGAGCAUCUCUGGGAUGUUUUCGAUAGAAGGGUAAACUGAAGAUGAUGGCAAGCCACUGCACAUGCUGUGCAGAAACUUUAUACACAUGAUUUGAUAGCAAAGUGUCAGACAGCUCCUCUUAAUUAAGCAUAAACUGACUCACCCCAUACCAAAGAUCACAAUGAGGCAAUACAGCAUGUUGCUUGGUUAGAGAAGACAAUUAAGAACAAUACACCCUGAUCACCCAUUAUUAGUUCCCAGAACCAAAUAAAAAAAAUAAUAUUAGCAAACAAUCGUACAAUAAGCAUGAAUAUUAUAUAAUUAAGAAAUAUUGCUUACGUGUGUUACAAACAAGUGCAAAAACAUGUAUGGCUUGCUAACAGGCUUUGAGCCAAUAGUCCACUCUUUUUCUGCAAGCAAAAGUUAACUAAGUAGUUUUGCACUUAAAAUGAACAAAAGUACAGUAUAUACAUUUAAUAUAUUUAAAAAGUUUUCAAGUUAACCAUAAACAUUUUAUUUAUGUUACCAUAUUACUUGUAGAUUUUUAAGUGUGUUGUUUUAAAUACCAUAUUUUCUUAUGAUAUUAUUUUACCUUUUUAUCUGUAACCCAUCAUUCAUAAGUGAAAAAUGUUUGCAUGGUGCAGUUUCGAUUGAUACGAAGAGGCUUGUUUUGUUAUCAGCCUUCAUUUUAACUUUGCUAAUUUGAUUGUUUCUCUUAUAAUUUCAGAUAUUUAAAGCCAUCAGUGCAAGUACUUAAGUCACAGUUUUUUAAACUGAAAAAGAAAAUGUUUAAAGUUUCUGUCUGUGAUUAAAAGUGAAGAGCUUCUUGCUUUGACAAGGUACCAUAAAUAUUGUUCAGAGGGGUUUAAGCAGCUUGAUCACAAGACUUGUAUCUUAAGAUAACAUGUGCUUGCACUGAUUUGAAUAUUACUCACAAGACACCAUUAUAUACAGUAUAUAUAUAUAUAUAUAUAUAUAUAUAUAAUUUUUUUUUUUUUAUGUCUUGUUAGUGCUAAAAUGUUGCUGAGAUAAAGACAUUUGUGUAUGUGCUUGUAACUACUGAAGUCAAAUGUAUCAUAUCUCAAAAAUGAAAUCUUAUAAGUGAGUUAUUACGGAGAUGUUUUACUGAUAUUUUGGUACAAGUGAAAAUGUCAUCAUUUUUUUUACACAUAGCCUUAAUGAUUUGAACAUUAUUUUUUUCUGAAUAUACAUUUACAUAUAUUCACAUAUGCCUUGAAAAUAGAACAUGUUUUACAUGGCAUGGGUGACAAAAGAUGAACUGAAUAAGUAUUCCAACACUAGUCUUAAUACAGGUAUCCAAAAGCCUUAUGUUUAUAAAACAUGAUGGGAUGUUAACUUGUGCCUGUGGUACAGAUGAUCGAUUUACUAACUGAUGCCUGUCAUGCAGUUCUAAUUAUUUCAGAAUAUAAUAAAUAUGGUAUGCUUAAUAAAA